UUGUUGCCAAGUUACCAAAAUUUGGACUUAUAAGUGAUUUGUUUAGUGUUUCACAGUCAGAUGAGCCAUGGAACUUAUUAGCUGCUUAAUAUUUCACAUUGAAAAUAGGGGAAAUCGCUAGGUAAGCACAUAUCAAAAUUCUCCAUUCUAGAACAUAGCAGCAGUCAAAGAAAGCAAUCUCGGUGCAUGUGAGCUGAUGUAAUGAGAAUGGCUUUCUUCUCUUCAGGAAAGCAACACACGUCCAAGAGCAGCCACUUGGAACGCCCACAGACGUCCUCAUGCUCACAAUAAUUCCCUUUGCCGCCAUUUGUUUUUCCGUGGCACCUCCUCAUCCCCUCCACGUUUCACGCCAUGGAUCCCUCACCGCCUCUCUUUCCUUUAAUCUCCCAAUCAAACGUCUUCCCCCUCGUCUUUUCCUCGUCAUUGAUAGGCAAUGAGGCUCUACGUGUACGUCCUGGAAGCUCGGGGCUUUCCUGCCGUGAAGGCCUCCGAUGGUGUCUACACGAAGCUGCAGGUUGGGAAGCACAAGACGAGGACCAGGACGGUGAAGAAUGGCACCGACCAAGUGGCAUGGAACGAGGAGUUUGUGUUCCGGUUGGAGGAUGAGAAUGCUGAUGUGGAGCUCGAGGUUAAUGCUGUUGGUGGAGAGCUUCUUGGGACCGUCCAGGUUCCUCUCCGCUUGGUUCUGGAUGAUGGUGCCUGGGCAUUGCCGCCUACUUGGUUUCCCCUUCGAUCCAACCAUGCUGGGGGUUCCAAAUCCCCAGGAAAAAUACUACUGACCAUAUCAGUGUGUGGCUGGUCUAAUGGUCAUAAGGCUUCUUCUCCCAAAGGCUUUUUUCACAACACCAGUGUGCAGGAGCAGACAGACGGAGUGGUUAGAGCUUCCAACAUUCAUGCCGAGAUAGACACCAUGGGAACCAUGGGCAUUGAUAGACCCAAAUUUGCUUCUGAACAAACACAGAUUGCACAAACUCUUGAUAGUUCUUUGGUUCAAAGUUUUUCCCAAAAAAAUGAAGAAAACCCUAGAGCAAGUUCAAGCAAUAGUGAUCCACUAGUUCCUUCUGCUACUUUUGAGAAAGCACUUAAUGCCAUGCAAUCUGAAGAUGAAACUGAAAUGCCUGAUAAUCUUCAAGGUGGUAUUCUUCUUGAACAAACAUAUAUUGUAGAUUCUAAAGACUUGAACCUGUAUCUUUUUGGACCCGAUUCACACUUCAAGAGAGAUUUGGCAGAAUUAGAGGGCAUAACAGAUUUCCAGGAGGGGCCUUGGACAUGGACAUGCGCAGAACGAACUUGUUUAAGAAGAACAUUGACUUACACAAAAGCUAGUAAACUUGUUAAAGCUGUGAAAGCAAGAGAAGAACAAACAUACGUCAAAGCAGAUGGAAGAAGCUUUGCAGUAUCAACCUGCGUGGUUACACCAGAUGUACCAUGUGGUAACUGUUUCGAGGUUGAUUUGCUCUACAAGAUCAUGCCUGCCACACCAUUAUCAUCAGGUGAACCAUUGUCUCAUCUAGUAAUAUCCUGGAAUGUAAAUUUUCACCAGAGCACUCUAAUGAAGGGCAUGAUUGAGAGUAAUGCUCGUCAGGGACUCAAGGAGAGCUAUGAGAAAUUUGCUGAUUUGCUUGCCCAAAAUAUCAAGCCUGUGGAUUCUGCAGAGCUUACAUUGGACAAGGAGCGCUUGUUGGCUCCAUUGCAGCUAGAUCACCGGUCGGAUUGGGAGCUGGCUAGGGAAUAUUUUGUUAAUUUCACUCUACUUUCUUUCCUUUUCAUGGCUCUCUAUGUUCUUCUGCACAUUCUCUUAUCAAAGCUUGGUAGAGUGGGAGGACUGGAGUUUAAUGGUCUUGACUUGCCAGACUCUUUUGGAGAGUUGAUUACAUGUGGUAUCUUGGUUCUUCAGGGAGUGCGUGUCUACAAUAUGAUGUCACAUUUUGUACAGGCAAGACUUCAGAGAGGUAGUGAUCAUGGGGUCAAAGCACAAGGUGAUGGUUGGCUUCUGACUGUAGCGUUGAUAGAAGGAAGUAACUUGAUGUCAGUGGCUUCAAAUGAACUUGCGGAUCCCUACGUCGUCUUCAGCUGCAAUGGCAAAACCAGAACAAGUUCAGUUCAACUUCAGACACGUGAUCCUCAAUGGAAUGAGGUAUUGGAGUUUGAUGCGAUGCCCGAGCCACCAUCUGUUUUAGAUUUAGAAGUUUUGGAUUUUGAUGGCCCAUUUGGUUUAGCAGUCCCCCUUGGCCAUGUGGAGAUCAAUUUUCUGAAGCAUACCUCUGAAGAAUUAGCUGAUAUCUGGAUUCCUCUUGAUGGAAAACUUGCUCAAACAUCUCAGAGCCAGCUGCAUUUGAGAAUUUUCCUAGAAAAUACGAAAGGAGAUGAAACCAUUAGAGAAUAUCUUAGAAAGAUGGAGAAGGAAGUGGGGAAGAAGAUAAAUCUUCAGUCACCUCACAAGAAUGCAACAUUUCAAAAGAUCUUUGUGUUGCCACCAGAAGAAUUUCUCAUCAAUGAUUUCUCCUGUUACUUGAAGAGAAAAUUGCCAUUGCAGGGAAGGCUUUUCCUUUCAGCUAGAAUUGUAGCAUUUUAUGCUAAUUUUUUUGGUCAUAAAACCAAAUUUUUCUUUCUCUGGGAAGACAUUGAAGAUAUUAAAAUGAUGCCCCCAUCCUUGGCAACAGUAGGCAGUCCAGCCCUAUUAUUUGUUCUGAAGAUUGGUCGAGGCCAUGAUGCUAGGCUUGGUUCUAAGUCUUGCGAUGAAGAAGGAAGGUUGAAAUUUCAAUUUCAAUCAUUUGCGUCCUUUGGUAAAGCAAGCAGGACAAUCAUGGCUUUAUGGAGGGCCAGAACCUUGACAUUUGAGCAGCAAGCAAAGCUAGAGGAAGACCAUCUUUUUCGUGGUGAUAAGUCACCCCAAAUUGAGAAUAUGGACUCUGUUUCUUGCGGUGAAGAUAAUAAGCUUUCGAAGUGCUUUCAAACAGAUGUUCCUUUACAAAUCACGUUACUCAUGAAAAUAUUUGAUGGUGGGCAUAUAGAAAAGAAAAUAAUGGAGAAAGUUGGAUGCGUUGGUUAUUCAGUUACACAAUGGGAAUCUGCAGGACCUGAUUCCCAUGAAAGGCAUAUUAAUUAUAAGUUCAACCACAUUAUGUCGAUAUUCGGUGGUGAAGUGGAUAGCAUGCAGAAGAGGACUCCUACUCCAGAUUGUAAUGGUUGGAGCAUCGAAGAAGUUAUGACUCUCCAUAAUGUGCCAUUUUCAGAACAUUUUCAUAUCCACUUGAGAUACCAAAUUUGGACCGUGGCAGCAGAGGAUGCCAUUGCGAAAGUAUCUGUUGGUGUCUUAUGGACGAAGAAGAACAAAUUCCAUAAACGGAUCACCAAGAAUAUAUGUGAUAAAUUAUGUCAUAGGUCUCAAGAAAUUUUUGAAGUUGCUGAGGAUGAAUUACUUUCUGCAAAAGCUCAGGAGCAUGUGACCUAGAACCAGAGGUAUCUUACAGCUUAUUGGUUCCAUUAAUGUUCUAGAAUUUGCGUGUGAAAAUCCAUUCAAAUACAAGUGUAGGCAUAGUUGCUGCAACUAAAGUUGUUCCAUUAGUUAGUAUUAUUCAUCAUGUGUCAUUUGUCAAA